AUAAGAGGUGGCACCGCCGUCGUUUACUCAGUCCAAGCUGCAGUAGCCACUUGAGGAGUUCUGUAGACACAGAGAUAUACCGACCGACCAUGAAGAUUCUGGUAGCCAUCACUCUGCUGGCUGUGGGCGCCAGUGCUCAGUAUGGGACUUCAGGAAUCGUCUAUCCCGAUGGCAUCAACCGACAGCUCACCCAGGCUGAGGCAGACAACAUCGUUCUCAUCGGUCCAGCAGGUGUAGUUACCAAAGAUGGAAAAAACAUUCAAUUAAAUGACCAGGGCGUCCCCACCCAUCGUAUCAAGCGCCAUGUUAUCGGAGAUUCAGGUAUCAUCACCAAUGAUGGUCGGCCGUUCCACCUUCCAGCAGGUGUGUCUGUUCUUCUUCAAGGUCCUUCUGGUAUUGUUCUGUCCAACGGCCAGAACAUUCAGUUACGCAACAAGCGCGCCAUACCACCUCUUGUGGGUGCUUCAGGUAUCAUCACCCCUAGUGGUAGACUGAUCCAACUUCCAGCAGGUGUGACUGUUGCUUCUGCAGGUCCGUCUGGUGCUGUCCUCUCCAACGGCGACAACAUUCAGUACGACUAUAAAUCUCCGUAUCUGUUUGAAAAUAAAUUGGCAACACUGAUCAUCAACAACGGCAACGAGAUCCGUAAAGGCCACAGAGUGGAGUUGUCCUCACUGUGUUCAGUAUAUAAGAGGUGGCACCGCCGUCGUUUACUCAGUCCAAGCUGCAGUAGCCACUUGAGGAGUUCUGUAGACACAGAGAUAUACCGACCGACCAUGAAGAUUCUGGUAGCCAUCACUCUGCUGGCUGUGGGCGCCAGUGCUCAGUUUGGGACUUCAGGAAUCGUCUAUCCCGAUGGCAUCAACCGACAGCUCACCCAGGCUGAGGCAGACAACAUCGUUCUCAUCGGUCCAGCAGGUGUAGUUACCAAAGAUGGAAAAAACAUUCAAUUAAAUGACCAGGGCGUCCCCACCCAUCGUAUCAAGCGCCAUGUUAUCGGAGAUUCAGGUAUCAUCACCAAUGAUGGUCGGCCGUUCCACCUUCCAGCAGGUGUGUCUGUUCUUCUUCAAGGUCCUUCUGGUAUUGUUCUGUCCAACGGCCAGAACAUUCAGUUACGCAACAAGCGCGCCAUACCACCUCUUGUGGGUGCUUCAGGUAUCAUCACCCCUAGUGGUAGACUGAUCCAACUUCCAGCAGGUGUGACUGUUGCUUCUGCAGGUCCGUCUGGUGCUGUCCUCUCCAACGGCGACAACAUUCAGUACGUGCUGGGUAUCAUCUUCAGUGGUAGACUGAUCCAACUUCCAGCAGGUGUGACUGUUGCUUCUGCAGGUCCGUCUGGUGCUGUCCUCUCCAACGGCGACAACAUUCAGUACCGAACACAACCGACCAGUAAAUCUCCGUAUCUGUUUGAAAAUAAAUUGGCAACACUGAUCAUCAACAACGGCAACGAGAUCCGUAAAGGCCACAGAGUGGAGUUGUCCUCACUGUGUUCAGUAUAUAAGAGGUGGCACCGCCGUCGUUUACUCAGUCCAAGCUGCAGUAGCCACUUGAGGAGUUCUGUAGACACAGAGAUAUACCGACCGACCAUGAAGAUUCUGGUAGCCAUCACUCUGCUGGCUGUGGGCGCCAGUGCUCAGUUUGGGACUUCAGGAAUCGUCUAUCCCGAUGGCAUCAACCGACAGCUCACCCAGGCUGAGGCAGACAACAUCGUUCUCAUCGGUCCAGCAGGUGUAGUUACCAAAGAUGGAAAAAACAUUCAAUUAAAUGACCAGGGCGUCCCCACCCAUCGUAUCAAGCGCCAUGUUAUCGGAGAUUCAGGUAUCAUCACCAAUGAUGGUCGGCCGUUCCACCUUCCAGCAGGUGUGUCUGUUCUUCUUCAAGGUCCUUCUGGUAUUGUUCUGUCCAACGGCCAGAACAUUCAGUUACGCAACAAGCGCGCCAUACCACCUCUUGUGGGUGCUUCAGGUAUCAUCACCCCUAGUGGUAGACUGAUCCAACUUCCAGCAGGUGUGACUGUUGCUUCUGCAGGUCCGUCUGGUGCUGUCCUCUCCAACGGCGACAACAUUCAGUACGUCUAGAGCUUGGUGUGAACCUACCAGCGUCAUUACACCUCAGACUCACCUCAAGUGUGACUGGUGCUGCUACUCAUAAUUUAGGUGGUGUUUUCUCCCACGGCAAGAACAUUCAGCCCAGUUAAACAUCUUCAAGAGUGAACAAUUGCUGGCGUGGAGUAUCCAUUCAACACAAAUGGAAUAUGUAUUUGAUCUGUAAUUCCUCUGUACAAUACUUGUAAAAUUAUCCAUUAUUAUGGUAAAAUUUAUCAAUAAAUAUCGACAAUA